AUGGAAUUGAAAAAUAAUAUACGGGAAAGUGAGUCCCAAGCGAUCAGUGUCGAUGAAGAUGAUUUUAAUAUAAGCGACGAAGAAAUAAAUUUAAAUACCUUAUCUUUAAAUAUUGACGACAAUUCCAAUGGAAGUGUAACAAUUUUGCAAAAUUUCGAAAACAUGUUGGAUAAAGAGGAUUUAAAUUUAACAAAUGUGGAUAAUGAGACUUUAUUGCACGCAACUAAUUCGCCAGCUACCCAAAACAAUAUAAUUGUGUUACCUUCACAACCAAAUAUUCAAACAAAUAUUAAUUUAGAAUUUGGAAGUUUGGAUAUGGAAUUAAAACAAAGAAUGGAAAAGAAUUUAUUCAAAGAGAUUGAAAAGAACCAGCCUCAAUCGUUUUCAACUAACAAACUUGAUGCGCAAGCCUCAAACUCGUGCUACACUCAAAACUAUACACACAUAAGUCAAAGCCAAGAUUGUAUUUCCGUUCAACCUAAUUAUUUUAACAAUGAGAAAGUUCUCGAUAUAAAAAGAAAAAACGAAAUUGAACUUAGUGGACUAGAGAAUAAAGACGAUUCUGAAAUACAAGUUCACGUAAGAAAAAAAUUAAAACCAAUUGUGUACACAGAGAGUAUUAUAGAUGUAAACAGUGUUCAAACAGCUGAAACACAAUAUGAAUCUCCAAAAGUAAUUCAAGUUUCAAAGGAAUGUAAAAACGUCCAAACACAAAUUGAUCAUAUAAACUCGAAAACGAUAGAAUGUUCAAACCCUGUAAAUUCUUUACCAAACAAUGUUUCAAUAAUGGAGAAUGUGAUUUUAAAACCGAAAGAUAUUAAUUUUAAUUGUUCCAAUGAAAUACAAAUGUUUGAUAAUAUUAAUUUUGAAUCACAAGAUACUGUAACAUCAAACAUAAUACAAAAUUCAAUACAGUUAAGAGAAAUGAAUGAUUUCCAACUUAAUAAUAAUCCAAAUAGAUUGUUUGAAGAAAGCCAAGAUAUACUCACAUUAGAUUCUCCAUGCGUAAGGGCACAAAUCUAUAGCAGUCAAAAUGAUUUGAUAUACUUAAAAAAUAAGUGCGACUCACUUUUUGAUCCAAAUCUUCAAAAUAUAGAUGGCAAUGUAGAUAUUAAAGUAAACAAUACUAAUUUAAAUAAAAUAAAUAUACUUGGAGACAAAUUGAAAAUAAAUGUUAAUAAUCCUGAAUAUGCUUUAAAAGAAUCAAAAACAAAUAACAUUCAUGAAGAUGAAGCUGUAAAUACUGAAAAUUCACGAUUUAAUGAUGAAUUAAACGAAAGUGAUGAUUUAGCGGUAUCUCAAGUAGAAAUAAUACCAUUCAAAGUGAUGGGGGAACUUAAUAAAAUAAAGGCAUAUUUAAAUAAAAGCGACGUUGAUAGCCAUGCAUCAGAUUCUGGUUUUAAAAGCAGGUCAUCUACUGCAUCUCAAUCUACACAGUGGCUCAACCAGUCUUCACAUUGUCUAUUCACUUACCUAAGUCAAACACCGCUUUUUGAUUCUACCGUCGAAAUUAAUUACGAAAUCGCUAAGGUUUUGGGUGAACUUAUAGAUAGAUUACAUGACAACGAAAAAUAUCCGAGUUUCCUCGAAGAGAUGUUGGAAUUUAUAACAAAAUUGAUUUCGACAAUUUACGAGAGGAAAUGUGAUGUUAAUGUGAACACUAGGUUUAGUCAAAGCAAUAGAUUUAGUCAGUCGCAAGAAGAUAAAUCUCUGAAGCGGUCGACUAUUACCGAGAUAUGGCGAAAGAAAUGGAAUUUAACUAAAAAUGAAGUCUUUCAAAAAGAAGAAAAAGACAUUCUAGUGGAUUGCAGCGAUAUUUUAAAUAAAAUAAUCGUAAAAGCUAUGAACAAUUAUAGUUUGAUUGCUUUUGCCGCAUUGCAAUGUUUCAAUGUAUUGCAAUCUUGA